AACAGACACUCAUAUGAAACAAAACGCUACGGUCAAGCAACUGGCGUUGUGAAGAAAAUAUGGAAUACUGAAGCUGAAGAGUUUGUAUCUUGUCCGUUAAGUUAAAAUAUGGAUAUUCCAGCUGAUGACCACUUAGUUGGGUUGGGUUUUGAUGUGGAUGCUUCGGUUGUAAAUACGAAGAAAAAAUUCAAAUCGUCAAAAGCUAAACAGUAUAGGUUAUCUCAUGACAUCAAAGUUUCAGCAAUAAACAAGCAGAGCAAAAUACCUCGGCCCAUCUAUUCAUUUGGGAGCAAAUCCUGUCAAAUUAGUGACCUGAUUUUACAUAACUUGUCCGGGCUAGGAUACAAAACCCCAACACCCAUACAAUCCCAAAGCAUUCCGAUUAUGAUGCAGCACCGUAACCUACUUGCAUGUGCACCAACGGGUUCCGGGAAAACAGCAGCUUAUCUUCUCCCAGUGCUCACUCAGUUGCUACGUACAAAUUCCUCUGGAAAUUCCGAGCCCAUUGACAAUAUAACUGAGAAGACAUCAUCGAAACAUAAAAUAUUCCCAUUUGCUGUGAUCUUGGCUCCAACGCAGGAACUAAUGCAUCAAAUUCGUUCCGAGGCUAUUAGGCUAUUUUCUGGAAUCCAAGCAGACUGUUACAUAGCUGCGUUGCACAAAAAGCAUUAUCUUGUUCGUUGCAGAAAGAGGACAAAGAACGUUGCUGAAAAUGAUGUUUUAACAACGAAAUCAAGAAAAGUUCGUGAAUUAAAAUUACACUCAAGCACUAAAAUCCUCAUUUCUACCCCUAGUCGAUUAAGUACUCUAUUGUCUCUUCCAUCAGAACACUGUCCCAUUGAUUUAUCCAGAUUGUCUUGGCUUGUAGUAGAUGAAUGCGAUAAAAUGCUAGAAGUCAAUUUUAGCGAUAUAUCUUUUUCUAACACUGAACAUGGUAACAAGACAAAAUUCCGACCUCGAGGAUUUCAUAAUCAAGUUGCGCCUAUUUUUGAAUCUAUUCAGAAAGUAAACCUCACUGGACAAUCAACUAGGAGACCCACAGUCGCUUUAUUUUCGGCUACUGUUCCUGAUGAAGUUGUUUCAUGGGCACGAAAUCAGCUACCUGUCCUCUUAAAAUUGGACGGUCCGGAAUAUGAAUUAAUUCAGUUACGAGUAGGUAUCCGAAAUGCUGCUGUUUCUACUGUCAAACAAGAGUUACGUUAUUGUGCUACAGAACAGGGAAAACUGUUAGAGAUGCGUUAUCUACUGGCUAAUGGACUAGCUUAUCCAUGUUUAAUUUUUAUGCAGUCUCGAGAUAGAGCCAAUGAAAUUCUUAAGGAAAUUCUUUUGUCUGAUGCAGAUAUUCUUGCGAAUGUUAUUUCAAGUGACAAAACAGAAGCACAACGUGCCAGUGUGAUUCGCGCUUUCCGUGAGGGACAGCUUCAUGUUCUUAUUUGUACGGAUCUAUUGGGUCGUGGAAUAGACUUUAAAGGUGUCAGUAUGGUAGUCAAUUACGAUGUUCCUCCGCUAAAACAGGAAUAUAUACAUCGCGUCGGUCGAACUGGCCGAGCUGGUCACCAUGGACGGGCUAUUACCUUGUGGACUGAUUCUGAUCUCCCGCAUAUGGAUGGGAUAUUAUCUGUGAUGAAAAGAAGUGGUUCUGAAGUCGAUGAAGAACUCGAAAGACUUGUGAAUGAAUGGAAGAAACGGCGAAUAAAUCUUAUGUGUAAGCAAUCAAGAGCUGACAGGAAACAACUUCUAGACAGUUCGAUUAGUCGUCGGCGUGGUGAAAGACGCCUUGCUUAUAAGGUGCUUAAAGGCUGCAACAAAGAAAAGAAUGCAGAACAUGUUGAUAUUCACGAUAAGAGCUCGUGGUUUAGGCCAUGGAAUCCUUACAGAGGUCGUAUAAGUGAAGUACCCGGUGCGCUAAGCAAAAAACGCAAGAUUGAAUAGUAUAUUUGUAAUGUGAAAUUAAUUUCCUUAAUCAUCCUAUUCAAAGAUAAAUUUUCCAUAAACUACAUUAUUUUCAUGCAUGAAAAGAUGAAAGAACAUGACAAAGUUUAAAAAUUUGUCGAUGAGUUACGUAGUACAAAUAAAUAGUUUAU